AUGGAUGAGUUCCUCGCAACAGUUGGCGUUCAAGCCAUGAGAUAUGCCAUUCGCUCCGGUAUCGCCUUGACAUCGUCGUAUGCCGUCGGUCAAUGUUCGAAACUACUCAAGUCAGUUGAAGACAAGGCUGCCCAUGCCGAACUCAAAUCGUUAAGAAACUUGCUUGAUGGCAAAAUAAAGAUCAUCUCACCAGCCAUAGAUUUGAUCGAGUUCAAGUCAGGUCGUGGAAAUGUAUUUCUCGAAUCAGCAACUCCCCUUGCGAAAUCAUUGCAUAAGGACAUUGUCUCGCUGGGCCGUCGCAUAGAGUCAGCAACUACUAUCUCUCCAAACUCAAGUAGUAACAAUGCCCAGACACGUUCACCAUCUGCUAGCCACGACAGCCUGCUAGCUAUCAUCACCGCCAUAAAGGGUCUGCUGGACCGAAUCGAUCGUGAGAUCCCGCUACUACAGUUGGCCAUUACUGCUUCUGGGGAGAGUUUUUCCACAUCUCUACCCGCCGGCAUAUCACCGUCCAGACUGCUGCAGGCCAGCACACUGCUCACCGUCGGCGACACACAGUUCGCACAAGAUCCAAAUAGGCCAGUUCAGAUUGGUCCAGUCUUUACUCUAUCGCUCUACAUGCUCUUUCUCGGACAUGCAUCCACACUGACGCCACACCCCACAUCCCAAGCUGCAGACACCUCGGUCUCUACUAAUGGUCACUGUUCAGAAACGUCAAGCAUCAGGACUGGGUACGGGUUAGGGGAUGGGGAGCGGAAGCCACUGUGGCAGGAAGUAUUACACAAGGCGCGAGUUCGUAUCUGCAGAACCCGCAAGGACUUCUACUUCGAUAGUAAGCGAGGCUACUGUGCAAAUCCGCUGAAAGACCACGAUUUUCCCCUUCCAGCUCCUGAAUCAAGCGGUGGGGGAGAAUACGCAUACCACCUGGAGGUUAUCGAAGACCUUGACGACGGUCGACUCCACGAUGACGAGCAUAAUAUUCAGCCAUACGACGACAUUCCUCGAGCAGGCAUUCGCGAAUCCAUUCCUGUACAUCAGUUGUCCAAGAUAUUUUACACGGAUACAGGCAGGAUUUUGAAUAUCGGUUCCGCCACUGACAGCGAGCAAAGGCCAGUUUUGCUUUUGAAACGAGACACUCAAGCUCUGCCGGCCCACCAGGAAACCGAUGGCGUCGGUGGGUUUCUCCAAGGACUCGAGGAUGAUGACAAGAGCGAGACAUCAAUUUCGGCGAGUGAUGAAGACGAUCAAGCCGAGAUCGACAGGCAACUUCUAGAGGGUCUCGGACGCCCAGUACUGGAAGACUGCAAUGCCGUGCCGGUGAGCGAGGAUUUCUUCAAGUGGAAAUUCCCGUCACAUCUCGAUCCGGAGUGGAUGGCCUUCGAGGUAUACGAGGAAGAUGACGAAGAUGAUAUCGGAGAAGACGAUGAUACCGACUCGGUGGGUUCGACGAGGCUCGAGCUGCCAAAGUGUGUGACAUCAAAGCCGGGUACGCCUCGUGAUAGGAGAUCUUUAGACUCGAAUGUCGUCGAUCAAAUCAAGAGACUAUCUUUGAACAGCCCUGAUAGACUGGGCUCUCUGCAAGCAGUCACAGCAGCCGAGACAGAGAACUUUGUCGCCCGUUCGCCAUUUGGGGCGAUCACGACAUCUCUAUCUCUAAUGGAGAUGCUGGUACGACUGGCUGGUCUCCAGGAGUUUCAGCAGACAUCUCAUCUGUCUAUUCCUGACCACAUACUCACUUUCUUCCUGGAGGAGACUUCAACCACAGGGCUAAUUGGCGAAACGCAGUGGAGGGCUCGAAGCGAAGCAAAGUGUCGUAUGGGAUUUGAUCCUUAUACCGAUGCGCCAACGAAGUAG